AGCCGGACGUGCCGAGAGAGCGCUACGAACGCAGAGCUGCUGCAACUUGUUCCGGUCGAUCUGCACGCGUCGACUUCCAGCCACCACUAGCGGCCGGAAUGGCGAAGCAGCUGCUGGUGUGGCCUCUGCUCGCCGCUGCUUUCUUGUUGUUGGUGACCGCGGCGUCGGCGUCGGCGUCGGCGUCAGUGCCUGCGACCCCUACGUAUACUCCGGCGACGCCGACGAACCGCGGUGGCGGCGGCUGCUACAAGCGUUUCUUCGCGUUCGGAGACUCGCUCAUCGACACGGGCAACUUCAUCCACUACUCCACCGCGCCGGGGCCCGUCGCACGGUCGCCCUACGGCGAGACCUUCUUCCACCGCCCCACCGGCCGAUGGUCCGACGGCCGCCUCAUCGUCGACUUCGUCGUGGAGAGGCUGGGGUUCCCGUACUGGACGCCGUACCUGGCCGGCAAGACCAAGGAGGACUUCCGGUACGGCGCCAACUUCGCCGUCGCCAGCGCCACGGCGCUCAACCAGCUGUUCUUCAGGAAGAAGCACCUCAACGUCGGCGCAAUCACGCCCUACUCCCUCGGCGUGCAGAUGGGCUGGUUCAAGAAAGUGCUCGCCAUGCUUGGCUCCACGGAACACGAGCGGAGGGAGAUCAUGGCGAGCUCGCUGUUCCUGGUCGGGGAGAUCGGCGUCAACGACUACAACCACCCCUUCUUCCAGAACAAGACGCGGGAGUGGGUGAUGCCCCUGGUGCCCCGCGUGAUCCGCUCCAUCGGCCUCUCCCUCGAGGCCCUGAUCAACCUCGGCGCCAAGACGCUCUACGUCCCCGGCAUCUUCCCGCUGGGCUGCGUCCCGCGCUACUUCUUCCUCUUCCGCAACAGCACCGCCGCCGCCGACCUCGACCCGGCCACCGGCUGCCUCCGGUGGCUCAACGACCUCACCACCCACCACAACAACCUCCUCAAGGCCAAGCUCGCCGAGCUCCGCGCCGCCCACCCGGGCGUCUCCCUCGUCUACGUAGACUACUACGACGAGGUCCUCGGCAUCGUCGGCGCCCCGGCGAGGAGCGGGUUCGCGCCGGCCACCGCGCUCGACGCGUGCUGCGGCGGCGGCGGGUUCCACAACGCCAACUUCACCGUGCUCUGCACCCAGCCGGGCGCCGUGCAGUGCCCCGACCCGUCCAAGUACGUGUCGUGGGACGGGCUGCACAUGACGGAGGCCGUGUACCGGAUCAUGGCGCGAGGGAUCCUCGACGGCCCGUUCGCCAUGCCUCCCAUCAUGUCCAGAUGUAAGAGGGGCAUUUAAUUUUUUACCACUGCAUGCGAUAAUGUUCACUUAGCCCCUCUCACAUUCACUCCUCUCACGUAGUGGCAAAUCUGUUGCCACUGACCCCCUAAUAGUGGCAAAAAAUUAGAUAUCACGAUGUAAGAAACACUAGAGGGCCGGGCUGGAAAAAAAUGUCUUUCUUCAACGGUGUCAGAGUGCCAAAAGAGUAAUCCGGCCGCCGUCCAGCUCAGAAUAAGUUGUAUCUUAGUUGGAAUAAUAAAAUGAAUUGACUGUAAAUUUAUCUACUGAUAUUUUUAGAAUAAACUUUGAG